AUGGCCUGCAACCGCAAGCUUCUCUGCGCCUGCUUGCUGUUGGCUGGCGCAGCUGCAGCCCCGGCCGGUGCCGCCACCGUCAACAUCUCCGUCUACUGGGGCCAGAGUGGCAAGGAGGGCAGCCUAGCCAAGACAUGCAGCACCGGCCGCUACGCCUUGGUGGUCAUGGCCUUCCUUUCCACGUUCGGCAGCGGCCAGACACCGGUCCUCAACUUGGCCGGACACUGCGAUCCCGGAUCGGGCGGCUGCAAAGGUCUGGCAGUGGACAUCGCGUCCUGCCAGGCCAGAGGCGUCAAGGUGCUCCUCAGCAUCGGCGGCGCCGCUGGAAACUACGGCCUGUCCUCUGCCUCGGACGCGCAGAGCGUGGCCACCUACCUCUGGGACAACUUCCUCGGCGGCACCACCUUGUCGCGGCCGCUCGGCGGCGCCGUGCUCGACGGCAUCGACUUCAACAUCGAGACUGGUGAGGCCAGUCACUUCGACGACCUCGCCAAGAUCCUGACGUCGCUGUACAAGGCCGACAAGCGAGGACGGAAGUACCUGCUCACCGCGGCGCCGCAGUGCCCGUACCCAGACGCCUCUCUCGGCCCAGCGCUCGCCACGGGGCUGUUCAACCACGUUUCGGUACUGUUCUACAACAACCCCGGGUGCGAGUACCAGAACGGAGACGUGACCGAUCUAGGGUUUUCGUGGAAGAUAUGGACGCAGUUCUUGCCGUCGGCAUCGUCGGUAUUUCUUGGCCUGCCAGCAUCGCCUGAUGCAGCGGCUAGUGGGUACAUAGACCCGCAAGCCCUUGUGUCGCGUGUGCUGCCGGUGGUCGACGGCUCCGCAAAGUACGGCGGCAUCACGCUGUGGAGCCGCUACUAUGACAUGAACACUGGUUACAGUGCCAAGCUUGUGAGCGCUGUCGUAACGGAUCCACCAAAUGGCUCGCCAACUCCAGGGGGCUCUGGCAAUGCAUCGCCACCAAAGAACUCACCAGUUACACCGAAUACCAGCCCAUCACGAAAGAAAAGUAUCAGAAGAAUAUCCUGUUCAUUUCUAGACGGCACUACAAACAACCAUACGUCAAGAUUUAUAAAUCUUAGACAACAACAACAACAACAAGAUUUGGAACUGCUAGCUUAG